GAAAAAAAAAAAAAACUAAAUUGGGUGGGACCAGGCUGUGUUUGUCCGGGCCUGAUCGGGGAGCAGGAGUGCGGCCAUAAGUGGAAAGCGAAGUGGAGAAGUGGAGAUAAUCAGCUGUCAUGGCCUACCAGCACAAACUGGCGGAGAAGCUGACCAUCCUCAAUGAGCGGGGCAGGGGGGUCCUCAUCCGGAUGAAACACAUCAAGACGAUUUGCACAGACCCCCAGCUCAGGCCCAGCUUCCUGUCAGAAAAGCCCAUGGAGUCGGCCAUCAAAUACAUUAACAAGAAAUUCCCCAACCUUGACCCUAGGGGGAACGUUCAAAAUCUGUCCAUCAUCCAAAAGCAAAAAACAGAUAUCCUCAUGCAUCUGACUAGCUACUAUCACUCCUUCAUUGACGUGAUGGAGUUCCGGGAUCAUGUCUAUGAACUCCUGAACACCAUAGAUGCUUGUCAGUGCUUUUUCAACAUCACAGUGAAUUUUGGCUUCACCAAGAACUAUCUGGACCUGAUUGCGACGUACGCUUCUGUCAUUCUGAUGCUCUCGCGCAUCGAUGAAAAGAAGGUGCUCAUCGGCAUGUAUAACUGUGCACACGAGAUGUCAAAUGGCACCAGUGACCCCUCGUAUCCGAGGCUGGGCCAGAUGAUCCUGGAGUACGACCAUCCCUGGAAGAAGCUGAUGGAAGAGUUUGGGCCGCACACCAAGGCGGUGACGGAGGCUGUGCUCUCGCUGCAGUUGGUGUAUCCCCGCAGGAACCUAGCGGCUGAUCAGUGGCGCAUGGCUCAGCUCCUCAGCCUCCUGAGUGUGCCGGCCAACAUGCUCACGCCAGUGAGCUGUGACACAAUACCUUGUGAGUACUUGUCCAUGGAGACGAUGGAGCGCUGGAUCAUUAUGGGAUUCCUGCUCUGUCACAGCAGCUUGAGCACCAACCAGAGCUCCCAGGAACUGUGGAAGAUGGCGCUGCGUAGUGGCCUGUACAUCACGCUCAUCAGGGACGAGAUGCUCAACAUCCACAAGGUCACGGAGGAGAUUUUCGACGGCAUCAAAGGAUACAACAAACGUAUUGCUGACAUCAAGGAAUGCCGGGAGUAUGCUAUAACCAACUGUGGAGCCUUUCACAAGGAGAAGAGGCAUUUCUUGCGAACUGCAAUAAAGGAGCUGACCAAAGUCCUGGAGGAUGAGCCUGGCCUGCUGGGCCCCAAAGCCCUGUAUGUCUUUAUGGCGUUGGCGUUCUCGCGGGACGAAGUGCUCUGGCUUAUGCGGCACUCGGAGAAUAUCCCCAAGACCAAAACUCCUGAGGACUACGUGGACCCCCAGUUGGCAGAACUGCUGUUCUAUAUGGAAAGACUGAAGACUCUCCUGAUCCAGCACAACACCGUUCUGCAGCGUUACCACCUCCUGUACCUGGCACAGUUCGAUGCGCUGGUACUGAAUGACACGAUACAGAAUAUGAACGUCUGUCCGGAAGAGGAGUCCAUCCUGAUGACGUCGUUUGUCUCGUCUCUGUCCGCACUAUCAGUCAAACAAGUGGAAAACGGUGAAGAGUUUGACUUGAGAGCCCUCAGGCUGGAUUGGUUAAGGCUCCAGGCAUAUACCAGUGUGGCCAAGGCGCCACUGCAACUUAAAGACUUCCCAGACUUGGCCAAGAUCAUGAAUAUGAUUGAGUUCCACACAAAGAUGAUGGACGGCAUUGAGACACUCCUCCGGGAAACCUCAGACCUCUCCUUACUCUGUUUCUACUCACAGGUUUAUGAGAAGAUGUUCGCUCAGGGUUGCGAAAAAGUAUCAAUGCAGCGAUACCUCAUCGCCUUUCCUGUAGUCUGCUCCCACUUCAGCCAGUGUACUCACCAGAUGUGUCCAGAAGAGGUGGUCGUCUUAGAGAGGAAGAGCCUGAACUUGUGCGCAGGGUUUCUGGAGAAAAUCGCCAACCUGGCGGGCAACGUUAUCCUGGAGAUCUGCGCGGAGCAGUGCAACCUGGAUGACCAGCUGUUGCCGAAGCACUGCGCUCACACCAUCAGCAUGGCCCGCAACAAGAAGCAGAAGAAGCAGGCGCCCAAGAAGGCGGAGGUGCAGAGGGAGAAGCCAGGCAUGGAGAGCCUGCGGAAGGACCGCGCCAUCACCACCAACAUGGACAAGCUCCACGUGGCUCUCACCGAGUUGUGCUCCACCUUCGGCUACUGGAACCACUUCACCGUAUGGGGCCACGUGAUCAUCCCCGCCGAGUUCCUCAUCUCCCAGCUCGAGAUACGCCUCUCCAAGAUCAUUGUGCGAAUGGCCAAUUACAACAAGGCCACCCAGGAGAUCGCCCGACCUUCUGAUCUGCUGGCGGGCGUCAAAGCUUACACCAGCAGCCUGUACGUCGUGUCUAAGUACAUGAACAUCGACAUCACCCGGCUGGUCAAGAACGUUCUGCUGCAGCAGACCCAGCCUCUGGACAGCCAUGGAGAGCAGACCAUUACCACCCUCUACACCAGCUGGUAUCUCGAAGGUCUUCUCCGGCAAGCCAGCAGUGCAGUGAUUGUGCACUGCCCCUUCAUGCACUGCUUCGUCAGCCAGCCCAACGAGAACGAGGCCAGCUUCAAAGCGGAGGAGUACUCCGACGUCUCUGAGCUACAGGCCCUAGCAGGACUGAUCGGUCCGUAUGGGUUGAAAUUCAUGACCGAGAACCUAAUGUGGCACAUUACCUCGCAGGUCGCCGAGCUGAAGAAGCUGGCAACUGAGAACAUGGACAUUUUAGUGCAGAUGAGAGCAAACUUCGACAAGCCCGAGGUAAUGGUCAACCUCCAGGACAAACUAAAAGCGUCUGAGAAUGUUCUGAAGCGAAUGACCAUCAUUGGCGUAAUCCUGUCCUUCAGGACUAUGACGCAGGCAACCCUUGGAGAUGUCUUGCAUAAGCACUGUCCUUACCUCAUGGGACCAAUUGAAUGUCUUCGGGAUCUAAUCUCCCCGGACACUGACAUUAAGGUGACCCUUAGCGUGUUCGAGCUGGCCUCAUCGGCAGGACUAGCAUGUGACAUCGACCCUGCCCUCGUCACGGCCAUCGCCAGCAUGCGUGCAGAUGGCUCGUCUGUGGAUGAGGAAUACAAGCUCAGCUGCCUGCUUCUGGUGUACCUUGCCGUCUCUCUGCCCACGCUGGCUCUGGAUGCCAACUCUUACUACAGCCGUGAUUGUGGGGGGCACCAUAACAACAUCCACUGUCUUGCCACUGCCAUAAACCAGUUGUCAGCGGCCAUGUUUACCGUCCUGAACAAGAACAUUGAGCAGCAUCUGAAAGAAUUCCUCCUGGUGGCGUCGUCCACGUUGUUGCAGCUGGGCCAGAACGUGGAGAAAGUUGAGAGCAAAAACAGAGACGCUAUAUACCUACUUCUCCACAUGAUCGUGGAGGAGUCGCCCUUCCUGAGCCAGGACAUGCUAGAGAGCUGCUUCCCGUAUGUCCUGAUGCGUAACGCCUACAGGGAGGUCUACAAAGCCUCUCUCCUCACACUGGGCUGACCGCCUACAGGGAGGUCUACAAAGCCUCUCUCCUCACACUGGGCUGACCCACGGUGUUCCCCGACUUAAACCGGUCACCGAUUACAGGUUGUGUUUUAUGUGCAUUAAAAGCUACUUGACAUUUGACUUGAAAUGGCUUCUGAUGAAUAUAAUCUCUGCAAGAAAAAUUCAGUGGAAGUGGUUCUGACCAGUUUGUGUCUGUGAAAAUAUCCUAUUAUCUCUGCAAAUGCCUUUCAGCAAAACUCAGUUUGGAAUUUGUGUAGCACUUUUAGAAUGAUGAUGAACGUCUGACAUUUGAAAAUCCAAAACUUUCCCCAGAUCAACACUGUGUGUAUGUCUAUAUUAUUUUUCAAAUUGCUGGGGGAGGGGGUGGGUUAAUAAGUGGCUUACGGAUAUGGAGGGGUGAAGGUAAAAAAAAAAAGAUCUGUUAUAAAACAACACUUACCUCCCAGGUCUUCUGUGAAGGUACUACUCUUCAGCUCAAUAGGGCCAUCCUCUCUUGACCCCCCCCCCCAGCCCCCCCCAGGCCGUUCAGCAGUGUUGGCACGCUGGGGAGGCUCAUGGCGGCCAGACUCUCAGUGGGCCAAGCGUGUGACGUCCUCAUUACACCGGGGCCCCCGGCACCAGAGGAAACUAUGUGCCUUGGUGCGUGUUAGCGGCCUGAAAUAGCAACUCACCCCCACCCCCUGGCAUAACCCCACCCCCCUAGGGGGCGGUAACUAAGUGCUGUGAUGCAUGAUAAACCCAGGCCAGUGGGGCAUCGGCAAACCAGAGAAUCGCGUCUGCAACUGGCUUUUUGUCCACAGCAGUAUUCCUUUGACGCUUGCAUCUUGUGAUGUGCAUGUUUCCAUCUGAGUGCCAAUAAAAAUGUGUAGCAAAAAUAUA